AAAAUCUCCUCUUCUCACUUCUCUCUUCUCUCUUCUCCUUCUCCUUCUUCCUCCUCCUCCUCUUCCUCUCUCCGAUACUCUCCUUCCCCCAUGGCUGAUAAUCAGAAGCAAGAACUCGACGACGAUGACGACUCUCCACCCACCCAUCUCCGUAUCAACGACUCCGAUUCCUCUCGAAUGGACCUUCUUCCCCUUACUCCCAAGCAGGAACAUCCCGACUCCAACCUCCCUCACGACCUUCUCACUUUCAACCCGGAUAUCCCUAAAACCCUCUCAUCUCUUCCCCCCAAGAGACCUUCCACCAAGGAUCGCCACACCAAGGUCGAGGGCAGAGGCCGCAGAAUCCGAAUUCCUGCCACCUGUGCCGCCCGUAUCUUCCAGUUGACUCGUGAGCUCGGCCACAAGUCCGACGGCGAAACUAUCCGCUGGCUUCUCGAGCGGGCCGAGCCCGCCAUCAUCGCCGCUACUGGUACCGGUACCAUUCCCGCCAUUGCCAUGUCUGUUAACGGCACUCUCAAAAUCCCCACCACCACAUCCUCUUCUAACCAAGAUUCCGCCGAUCCUUCCGCCGUCAAGAAACGUCGUAAGCGCCCAGCUAACAGUGACUACGUUGACGUAAAUGACGCCCUCUCCGUCUCCAUCUCCGCUUCGAACGUCGCCGGUUCCCCCGCCGUCCAACAGGCUUUUCCGCCGGGGUUCGUUCCAGUGUGGGCCAUCCCUUCGAACGCCAUAAUUCCCGGAGCUGUUUUCAUGGUUCCAUCCGUGGCAUGCUCUUCCACCCGUCCACAAUUGUUCUCAUUCUCGGCUCCGGCGGCACCGGUUAUCAACACCACGGCGCGGCCAAUUUCUGCGUUUCCGUCGAAGCCAGACACAUCUCACAUUCAAUCCAGCCCUACCAACCAAAGCUCGAGCACAUCAAGCUCCUCAGCUUCCAAAUCUCAAUCCGUCAUGGCACCGAUAUCGAGCUCCAGCGUUCAGAGGAGCGGAAAAACGACGACGCAGAUGCUUAGAGAUUUCUCGUUGGAGAUAUACGAUAAGGAAGAGCUUCAAUUCAUGACACGGUCAUCCUCAAAACAUUGAGGAGUAGGAAAGAAGGAAAACAGAAUAGAUUGGGAAUUAAAUUGGGAACUGCGUGACCCAGUGUAGCUCAUCCGCCAUUGGGAAACCAGAAAAGAAAGGUUGAGUGGAAGGAAAAAAAGGGGAAAGAAGGAGAAAAGUAAGUGUGUUUUUUUUUUUUCUUAUUCUCCUUGGAAGGGCAGCGGAAGGAAGGGGAAGCACGAGGUAGUCACGUGAUAGACGUGAGGAUCGAAAAGUAAAUGCACGUGUAAGGUGGGGUGGGGGUGGUGGUUUUUCUUUUUUCUUUUUUAUUUUAAUAUAUAUAUAUAUAUUUGGGUGAAGAAGCAAAGGGUGUGGGGGACCAGAUGAGGGAGGGAGGGAGGGAGGUGGGUCAACACUAAGGAAAGAGAGAAAUUUUUUGUUUUUAACAUUUGGAAAAGAAAGUGAGGAAGAGGAAGAAGAAGAAGAAGGAGUGGGGUCGGGGUGAGUGGUGGAAAGGAGUUGUGCUGCUCCGUGGACCGCAAAAGGCGGGUGUAGGGACCGUAGUGUGUCAUGUGAUGGAGGUGGGAGGCGGGCCCCGGGUCCACUUUCAUGUGGGCCUCCACCAGUGGCAUGUGGUGGUCCCAGGAGGCAGAUGUAUGGGUGGAGGAUAAGAGGACACGUGUUCUGAUAGUGGGCCAGUUGGGUGUCUUCUAAAGGAGCUUAGAGAUGGACACGUGGGUUAAUCGGAUUGGCUUUGGUAUCAGAUGCUUUUGUGGAAAAACUUAGGUGGUUGGUUGGUUCUUUUGGUGAGAGAGAGAGAGAGAGAGAGAGUGAUUUGUAAAUUCAUUCUUUACCUGAAUUCUUCAUAAUCCAUUCAUCAUUACUUA